AUGGCAACUUUCUUCGACACUGUUAAGAAGAGCUGGGAGGACGUCCCUGUCGAUGCUUCCAAGGACAAUGCUAUCUCCACCACUGAGUUCCUCGAGGCUGCUGAGAGCCUCACCACAUUGUUCGAUGUCCUGGGCUCCGCAGCUUUCAAGCCUGUCAAGAACGACAUGUCUGGCAACGUCAAGAAAAUCCGUGACCGCCAGCUCGCAGCUCCCACACUCUCCGAGACCCUCCAGGACCUCGUCCUCAACGAGCUCAAGGAGAAGAAGCACGCUGCCACCGAGGGCCUCGUCUGGCUCAACCGCGGCCUUGACUUCACCGCCCAAGCCCUCCGCCACAACCUCUCCAACCCCAACAAGGAGCUCGCCGACUCCUUCCGCGAUGCCUACGGCAACACGCUCAAGCCCCACCACUCGUUCGUCGUCAAGCCGUUGUUCAGCGCCGCCAUGAGCGCUACACCAUACAGGAAGGACUUCUACGCCAAGUUGGGCAGCGAUGAUGCGAAGGUUCAGCAGCAGCUCGAGAAGUACCUGUCGGCAUUGGAGAAGGUUGUUGCUACAUUGAACCAGUUCUUGGCUAGGAAGGAGGCUAAGUGGUAG